UCUCUAGCUCGCUCGCUCUCCCUCUCCCCGGGCCGUGGAAAAGAUCCCACUUCCGGUGGGGUGUCAUGGCGGCGUCUCGGACUGUGAUGGCUGUGGGGAGACGGCGCUAGUGGGGAGAGCGACCAAGAGGCCCCCUCCCCUCCCCGGGUCCCCCUCCCCCGCCCCCCUUCCCCCUGCCUCCUCGCCAACGCCCCCUUCCCCUGUCCCCCUCCCGGCUCGGCGCAGGCCCCCCAUCCCCACCCCCGUGGGAACGUUCGGAGCCUGCACUCCUCAGACCCUCUCCUCGCCUCUGCCCUCACCUCGGCCCCCGCUCCCCGCCCUCUUCCCGGCCCUGGGCGCCGGCCGGCCCGUCCCUCCGCCGCCCCCCGGCCGCGGGGAGGACAUGGCCGCGCACAGGCCGGUGGAAUGGGUCCAGGCCGUGGUCAGCCGCUUCGACGAGCAGCUUCCAAUAAAAACAGGACAACAGAACACGCAUACCAAAGUCAGUACUGAACACAACAAGGAAUGUCUUAUUAAUAUUUCCAAAUACAAGUUUUCUUUGGUUAUCAGCGGCCUCACCACUAUCUUAAAGAAUGUUAACAAUAUGAGAAUAUUUGGAGAAGCUGCUGAAAAAAAUUUAUAUCUCUCUCAGUUGAUUAUAUUGGAUACACUGGAAAAAUGUCUUGCUGGGCAACCAAAGGACACAAUGAGAUUAGAUGAAACAAUGCUGGUCAAACAGUUGCUGCCAGAAAUCUGCCAUUUUCUUCAUACCUGUAGGGAAGGAAACCAACAUGCCGCUGAACUUCGGAAUUCUGCCUCUGGCGUUUUAUUUUCUCUCAGCUGCAACAACUUCAAUGCAGUGUUUAGUCGGAUUUCUACCAGAUUACAGGAAUUGACUGUUUGUUCAGAAGACAAUGUUGAUGUUCAUGAUAUAGAAUUGUUACAGUAUAUCAAUGUGGAUUGUGCAAAAUUAAAACGACUACUAAAGGAAACUGCAUUUAAAUUUAAAGCCCUAAAGAAGGUCGCACAGUUAGCAGUUAUAAAUAGCCUGGAAAAAGCAUUUUGGAACUGGGUAGAAAAUUAUCCAGAUGAAUUUACAAAGCUAUACCAGAUUCCACAGACUGAUAUGGCUGAGUGUGCAGAAAAACUGUUUGACUUGGUGGAUGGUUUUGCUGAAAGCACCAAACGUAAAGCAGCGGUUUGGCCACUACAAAUCAUUCUCCUUAUCUUGUGUCCAGAAAUAAUCCAGGAUAUAUCCAAGGAUGUGGUUGAUGAAAACAACAUGAAUAAGAAGUUGUUUUUGGACAGUCUACGAAAAGCACUUGCCGGUCAUGGAGGAAGCAGGCAGUUGACGGAAAGUGCCGCAAUUGCCUGUGUCAAACUGUGUAAAGCAAGUACUUAUAUCAACUGGGAAGAUAACUCUGUCAUUUUCCUACUAGUUCAGUCCAUGGUGGUAGAUCUUAAGAACCUACUUUUUAAUCCAAGUAAACCAUUCUCAAGAGGCAGUCAGCCUGCAGAUGUGGAUCUAAUGAUUGACUGCCUUGUUUCUUGCUUUCGUAUAAGCCCUCACAACAACCAACACUUUAAGAUCUGCCUGGCUCAGAAUUCCCCUUCUACAUUUCACUAUGUGCUGGUAAAUUCACUCCAUCGAAUCAUCACCAAUUCUGCAUUGGAUUGGUGGCCUAAGAUUGAUGCUGUAUACUGUCACUCAGUUGAGCUUCGAAACAUGUUUGGUGAAACACUUCAUAAAGCAGUGCAGGGUUGUGGAGCACACCCAGCAAUACGGAUGGCACCGAGUCUUACAUUUAAAGAAAAAGUAACAAGCCUUAAAUUUAAAGAAAAACCUACAGACCUGGAGACAAGAAGCUAUAAGUAUCUUCUCUUGUCCAUGGUGAAACUAAUUCAUGCAGAUCCAAAGCUCUUGCUUUGUAAUCCAAGAAAACAGGGGCCUGAAACCCAAGGCAGUACAGCGGAGUUAAUAACAGGGCUCGUCCAGCUGGUCCCUCAGUCACACAUGCCAGAGAUUGCUCAGGAAGCAAUGGAGGCUUUACUGGUUCUUCAUCAGUUAGAUAGCAUUGAUUUGUGGAAUCCUGAUGCUCCUGUAGAGACAUUCUGGGAAAUUAGCUCUCAAAUGCUUUUUUACAUCUGCAAGAAAUUAACUAGCCAUCAAAUGCUUAGUAGCACAGAAAUUCUCAAAUGGUUGCGGGAAAUUUUGAUCUGCAGGAAUAAAUUUCUUCUUAAAAAUAAGCAGGCAGAUAGAAGUUCCUGUCACUUUCUCUUCCUUUAUGGGGUAGGAUGUGAUGUUCCUUCAAGUGGAACUGCCGGUCAGAUGUCCAUGAAUCAUGAAGAAUUACUACCUUCUUGUACUCCUGGAGCCUCUCUUCGGAAGGGAAAAGGAAACUCAUCCAUGGAUAGUGCAGCAGGGUGCAGCGGCACCCCCCCGAUCUGCCGACAAGCUCAGACUAAACUAGAAGUGGCCCUGUACAUGUUCCUGUGGAGCCCUGACACUGAAGCUGUUCUGGUGGCCAUGUCCUGUUUCCGCCACCUCUGCGAGGAAGCAGAUAUCCGGUGUGGGGUGGAUGAGGUGUCCGUGCACAACUUCUUGCCCAACUAUAACACAUUUAUGGAAUUUGCCUCUGUCAGCAAUAUGAUGUCAACAGGAAGAGCAGCACUUCAGAAAAGAGUGAUGGCACUACUAAGACGCAUUGAGCAUCCCACUGCAGGAAACACCGAGGCUUGGGAAGAUACGCAUGCAAAGUGGGAACAAGCUACAAAACUAAUCCUCAACUACCCGAAAGCUAAAAUGGAAGAUGGCCAGGCUGCUGAAAGCCUUCACAAGACCAUUGUUAAGAGGCGAAUGUCUCAUGUGAGUGGAGGAGGAUCCAUAGAUUUGUCUGACACGGACUCCCUACAGGAAUGGAUCAACAUGACUGGCUUCCUUUGUGCCCUUGGGGGAGUGUGCCUGCAGCAGAGAAGCAAUUCUGGCCUGGCAACCUAUAGCCCACCCAUGGGCCCAGUCAGUGAACGCAAGGGUUCCAUGAUUUCAGUUAUGUCUUCAGAGGGAAAUGCAGAUACACCUGUCAGCAAAUUUAUGGAUCGGCUGUUAUCCUUAAUGGUGUGUAACCAUGAGAAAGUGGGACUUCAAAUACGGACCAAUGUUAAGGAUCUGGUGGGUCUUGAAUUGAGUCCUGCUCUUUAUCCAAUGCUGUUUAACAAAUUGAAGAAUACCAUCAGCAAGUUUUUUGACUCCCAAGGACAGGUUUUAUUGACUGACACCAAUACUCAAUUUGUGGAGCAAACCAUAGCUAUAAUGAAGAACUUACUAGAUAAUCAUACUGAAGGCAGCUCGGAACAUCUGGGGCAAGCUAGCAUUGAAACAAUGAUGUUAAAUCUAGUCAGAUAUGUUCGUGUGCUUGGGAAUAUGGUCCAUGCAAUUCAAAUAAAAACAAAACUGUGUCAGUUAGUCGAGGUAAUGAUGGCAAGGAGAGAUGACCUCUCAUUUUGUCAAGAGAUGAAAUUUAGGAAUAAGAUGGUAGAAUACCUGACAGACUGGGUAAUGGGAACAUCAAACCAAGCAGCAGAUGAUGAUGUAAAAUGUCUUACAAGAGACUUGGACCAGGCGAGCAUGGAAGCGGUAGUUUCACUCCUGGCUGGUCUUCCACUGCAGCCGGAGGAAGGAGAUGGUGUGGAAUUGAUGGAAGCCAAAUCACAGUUAUUUCUUAAGUAUUUCACAUUGUUCAUGAACCUUUUGAAUGACUGUAGUGAAGUUGAAGAUGAAAAUGCACAAACAGGUGGCAGGAAACGUGGCAUGUCUCGGAGGCUGGCGUCACUGAGGCACUGUACGGUCCUCGCCAUGUCAAACUUACUCAAUGCUAAUGUGGACAGUGGCCUCAUGCACUCCAUAGGUUUAGGUUAUCAUAAAGAUCUUCAGACAAGAGCUACAUUUAUGGAAGUUCUGACAAAAAUCCUCCAGCAAGGCACAGAAUUUGACACACUUGCAGAAACGGUGCUGGCCGACCGGUUUGAGAGGCUGGUAGAAUUGGUCACGAUGAUGGGAGACCAGGGAGAGCUCCCGAUAGCCAUGGCGCUGGCCAACGUGGUCCCGUGUUCUCAGUGGGAUGAACUAGCUCGAGUUCUAGUGACUCUAUUUGAUUCUCGGCAUUUACUCUACCAACUGCUCUGGAACAUGUUUUCUAAGGAAGUAGAAUUGGCAGACUCCAUGCAGACUCUUUUCCGAGGAAACAGCUUAGCCAGUAAAAUAAUGACCUUCUGUUUCAAGGUAUAUGGUGCUACCUACCUACAAAAACUCCUGGAUCCGUUAUUACGAAUUGUGAUCACAUCCACUGAUUGGCAGCAUGUUAGCUUUGAAGUGGAUCCUACCAGGUUAGAGCAGUCAGAGAGCCUUGAGGAAAACCAACGGAACCUUCUUCAGAUGACUGAAAAGUUCUUCCAUGCCAUCAUCAGUUCCUCCUCAGAAUUUCCCCCUCAGCUUAGAAGUGUGUGCCACUGUUUAUACCAGGCAACUUGCCACUCCCUACUGAAUAAAGCUACAGUAAAAGAAAAAAAGGAAAACAAAAAAUCAGUGGUUAGCCAGCGAUUCCCUCAGAACAGCAUCGGUGCAGUGGGAAGUGCCAUGUUCCUCAGAUUUAUCAAUCCUGCCAUUGUCUCACCAUAUGAAGCAGGGAUUUUAGAUAAAAAGCCACCACCUAGAAUCGAAAGGGGCUUGAAGUUAAUGUCAAAGAUACUUCAGAGUAUUGCCAAUCAUGUUCUUUUCACAAAAGAAGAGCAUAUGCGGCCUUUUAAUGAUUUUGUGAAAAGCAACUUUGAUGCAGCACGGAGGUAG